GAGCAUACCAUUCCAUUGUACCCUGCUAGUUCCGCCGGAGUCCUUAUACCAUUGGGGCCGCCCGCUGCCGCAUAGUCGAAUUACACAAUUCCUUCCUAUACGGCACGGUCACUGGUCCGUUCAGCCAACAUACUCACCCACUCGAAACUCCGACGGCCUGCAUCGUUGAUCGAGUGCUUCGUUCUUUCUCACGACUUCGAUUCGCCAUGGGAGAGCAUCUUUCUUGCAACUAGCUCCCUGGUCUGACGAUCGAGCUUUGCUGCUUCUGGAGAAAAAUCUCAUGAUGGAGAAAGCCACCAGCCGCAGUGCCCGAUCGCGUACUGCAUCUAUGACCGCCACAGACAUGGCAAUCCGCGAACCGAGCAGAUCCGUUCCCCAACCGCAACAGCACCCACAACCUCCACAUUCACACCAUCAUGGGCACACUCGCCAUCCCUCUCUUGGCGGCAGCAAUGGCGUCGACCGAAUGCCAACCGACAUUUGGACAAGUGCUAUUUCUCGUCUGCAAGCACAGGUUUCGUACAACACCGGCAUGCUGGAGUCUCACCGUCGCCAGUUCGCCGACAUGGAGAUGGCUGUCAAUCGUCUAAACCAGGAAUUGGGUAGCGUGGCCGGAACACUGAACGAGGUGCGCAACGAGGUGCGCUCGCGUCAACUCGGCCCAUCGGAUCGAUCAAGGCACGACUCUGGUGAUCUCGAGAUCAUCUCUGGACAGCUGCAACGUUUGACCAACCGUGUGAACGAGGUCGACGGGCUCAACAUGCAAAUGGAUUUGAUCAAAAAUCGACUCAAGCGCAUGGAGGAUCACACCGCCCUGA